GUAGGUUUUCACAGCUGCGGGAUGCCGCUAAGGUUUUUAUUGUACAUUCCACAGCUCGAUUGCGGCAGACGUGCUGGUGGAGAGGGGAUAUUGCGCGUUUGUUAGCAGGUGUGCGGUUCAUGUGAGCAGGGCCUCUGCAGCACUGGAUGCGUCGUGCGAGUGGGCCGUACCAAGUGACGCCAGGACAUGAGCGCCCAUCCCCAAGGGCGUUAGGCAGAUUGCAGCAGGGUUUUGCACUGACAAGCGGGAUUUAGAUGCGCUUCGAGUCGUGAUACAAGAGUGUGGCACAGUAAUAUGGCUUAGGGAGUGCUGAUGAAGAGGGCUAAGACCACUUGGAAACGGUAGGCGCAGCAGCUGGGUUUUGGUACACUGGAUAGCUGCAACACGUGAAUAUCCUGCAGGCCGCGGAGCAUUCCCAUCGCCGUGAUUUUGAGCACAUCCAUUGCCCCGAUUCGUCUAUCCUGUUGGGCUUUUGAUCAACUUCGUUGAGUAGUCUUCGUCUACUGCUCCCGUCCCGUUUAGCAUUGCGCUCAGAGAAGCAGACCAGCGCACCAGGCUUACUUUGAACUUUUUGCGUACGAAAUUAGGAGACAGAGUUCUUCACACUGGAAAUCUUAUGAUCAAUGAUAUUGCCGCCUGCCCGAGUGGCAUGUCCGCAAGUUUUUUUUUUUUUUUUUUUUUUUUGAUGGUUAGUAACGCAGCUGUUGAAGGAGAGCUUCAUUUUUUUUAUUUUUAUUUUUAUUUUAUUUUUUUGUUGCCUUUGCCUUGUGAAGUCUGUGACUUUGGUGGUGUCAGAACAUGAUGGGAGCAAACUGAAGUCCUUGUCUUUCAGUGCAAUUGCAGCGGCAAGAAGAGUGAAAGUGAGUAGCACACUAUUAGGACUAGGAGGACCACCUGAAAGGUUUUAUGAGCCUUCAUAUUCUUCUCUUCUUUCAUUCACUUCGUUAAACCCUAAUGAGAAAGACUUUGGAAAAGCUUCAAAAUUGAUUCGAGAUCAUGAUUUAAAGUACCUUGCCGUAGCAAAGUAUGUUCUUUUAUCGUAAACUUUGCCUCUGUUUUCCUUAUUUUCCUUGUCCCCCUCAUUUUUAUGAGUGGUAGUAACAUCCAUCGUUUUAUCAGCCCACUGCGAGGAGAAGAGUAGGAAAUGGUUCCAAUAUGAGUUUUAGAUUCAUAGUAUCUUCGCUCAUAGACGAAUUUCCAAUUUUCAAUCCAAAAACUGUGCAAGCCCUUAAAGAGUUUGUUCAUCAUGUGACUAGUAUAGAAUACUUGGAAUCUAGUUCUUGUGGCCCAUCUAGUUGGUCUCUGUUAUCCUUAUUCUCCGUAGCUUGAUCAGGUGAUCAAAACAUAGAGCUUUUUCGUCAGAGCUUGUAGAGCUUUUUAACUUCAACAGCGUAGCGCAGGUGACCUUGAACUCCCAUGCUAUACUUGUCACUCUAGCGGCAGUUUGCGUGGGCAAGUCUUCAUGAACUUUUAACCCUCGAGCACCAAUGGUACCAGUUCGCUUAGUGGUGUAGAUUAGUCUAUGCUUUGAUGGGCAAUGGGCAAGCAUGACAAUUCUUUCAUUUCAACUUCACUUCCUUGCAGUUUUCCUAUUGACUUGACGAAAAAAAAUAAUCCAAUUGUAGUUGGCUUGCAGGUGUAUCCACUCUUUUUGUUAGAAAAGCUGAGGAUGCAAGAAGAUUGUCUUUGGCGGAAUUGAGGAAACAACGUGGUGAUGUUUAGGUCCCUACAUAUCCUGAUAUCUUGCACCAAUUAUCAUUGGAAGAUUUAAUUUGUUCUCAUUAACCUACUCAUCCCAAGUCCGCCUCCUUCCACGAACUAAGAAUUCCUGAGCCAAAGUGAUUCGUCGAAAAGCUGCACGUGUAGGAUUCAAACUUAGGAUGCGGCUACAGUGAAGCCUCGGAGGUUUACGCAGUGGUGGGUAUUCCGAAGCUUGUGACCAAAACUUGUAGGAGGGUGACCGCAGGGAAAGGCUGAAGUAUGUCCGAGAUGACGAGGGAGGAUGAUGGUGAGCAGCCUCACGUGGAGACUAAUUCGAGUCCCGAGAUUGAUUAUUUGAUGAGAUCCUUGGGUGAGGAUGUGAAACUAUCGAACUCGCCACGGCGUCCUGGUCUGAAGAAGCGUGCUGCUAAACCCGCGAAGUCGCCUUCAUCCUUGACAGUGUCUCCUCCUCCGCGUGAUAACUCCACCUUCUUCCAACCUCAGCAGCAGCAGCAGCAGAGUCACCCCAGUCCGCCACCCCAGUUUGAUGUGGCAAUCUUUAUGCCAUCGCCUACCGCACCUUGGAUCAAGUUUCCCCCUCUUUUGCUUUCUCCACAACCCGUCGAUACCCACGGCCUUAAUCUUCCGAACACCACCAUCGGUAAUCCUACACCACACCAGAGUGUACAAUUAACAGCUUCACCUUUUGAUCACUUGUCAACCUCGAAUUCAGACUUGCUGGAACCGUCGCCGGAGUAUCCAUGGUUUCCCGCAUCCCAGGAUGCACAGCCCGCAACGCCAAAUUUCACUCCCUUAGUUCAGCUCUUGAAUCUUUCACCAGUGGCUACUAAAGUUGGAGAGCGCACGUUACCAACCUUGUCAACUUACAGCGAUGGCAUGGUGUCGAUGCCUGCCUCGUCCAGAAUAUCGUCCGAAGCUGUGGGCAACCAGGAUGGUUUUACCGGGCAGGGCAGGUUGCCAUCUCCAACCCCCUCGCUCGUGGGUGACGUCUCCCCAUUGAACAGCCCCCUGACGAGCACUCCAAACUCCCCCUUCGACUCCCCUUUCGACUCCCCUUUCGGCUCUGAGGGUGGCUACUUCAGUGAUGGCGGAACUCUGAUUGACAUUGUUGGCGUUCUCGAGAGUAAUACAAGUAGCGCCAAGAGGAAAACGCCCGACCGCGCCUUGGACGAAAGUGAAGAUAUUCAACCCCUUGAUGAGCCCGACCCCAAAAAGCAAACGACGAAGAAGGAGAAGAAAGGAGCUGUGAAGCUGAACAAGCGAGUGAGAGUACCUCGAUAUGCAAUUCAUACGCGCAGCGAAAUCGACGUGAUGGAGGAUGGCUACAAGUGGCGCAAGUAUGGCCAGAAGGCUGUGAAGGAUAGCCCAUUCCCGAGGAGCUACUACCGUUGCACGAACCAGACGUGUCCAGUAAGGAAGCGGGUGGAGCGAAAGGCGGGCGAUGCAGGGCUCGUGGUAACAACCUACGAGGGCACACAUAGUCACCUCAGCCCUGUCACUGAGGCUGCAACUGUAGCAGCAGCGUCUGCAAAGGGGUCGGAUGGCUUCAAUGCUACACUCUCCGAGGACAGCCGGCCAGCUGCCGCAACCUGCUUCCCCUUCCAACCCGUUCAGGAACGUAACAUGUUUGACCUUACUAUGCAGAUUCAAGCCGGGGAAAUAGAUCUCGAAGCAGCUAAUCGUGACUUAGCCUCUGUCGCGAAAACAUCGAACGAAGAGUCACAGCCCCCUCCAGUUGGAUUGCACACCCAUAACAGCCUGUACAGUGAUUCACACCUCCCCAACGACUCGCACAUUCUAAACCAAGCACAGCUUGAUCCUGACCGAUUGUUGGAGUUGCAAGGUGAAAUUCCAGCGUCCGUGGUUAUUCCCGAUCCCCAGCUUGGAAGGUCCCAGCUAGAAAUGUUUGAUCUGAGCGGUCAGCUCUCAAAUACUGAGAGUUACGUCAGCUUGCUGGGCGACAUCUUACAGAACUCUGGCCCGCUCCACCAUCUGUAACUCCUCUCCCUUUCUCCAACAUUGAAAUUGGCGUUUUUUGUAUUCAUCGUCAUUUCACAAGGUUUAUUAUUUUUGACGUCCGAUGUCCUCAAUUAAUCAAUCAACUGCGCCUAUUGAUCCAACGACGGAAAUCAAUAGUGGUCUGAAACAGAUAUUGAUUAGAUGUAAGGUUUAGGGUUUUCCACCCCUUGCUCAAGAAGGUGGAGAGAACAGUGACAACAUGUUUACCACUUCCUCUCCCAUUUCCCAGUGAUUGCAGUGAUGACAAAUUAAUUCUCCACCUUCCUAGGAGAAGUUUCCAUUAUCUAGGGCCCAUGCUGAGGUAUGCUUCCUGCAGGAGGACCCAACCUCUGGGUUGCAAGAGUGGCAUCCACUUUCAUGAAGGAUAACGUGUAGCAUGGUGUAAAGGUCGAGAACAUUGUCUCCGUCCUUAAAAUCAAAUGAUUGUGAAAUUUAUUUAGCGCAGGAUGUUUUCUAGCUUGGCAAUUGGAGGCUACAUUGAGGAUCUAGGAUUUAGCCUUAGAGUUGCUCCGUCAACAGGAAAUGGCUAAACAUGCGAGAGAGGGAGAGAGAGGUAUUUCAAAAUCUGCUCUUGUAACAAUGUACAGUAUCACAUGUAUUGCACUCAUCAGUUUUGUAAAGGAAAUCAGACUCAUAUUAUUGUCUCUCCUUUCAGGAUUC